GCAACGCACCUUCCACACAUGAGUAAACCUACAGAGCAUUUCCCGCGGCGGGCAAACUUGCCUGACCCCAAGACGCCAUGUCCGGACCAGGAGCUGCUCAUGGCCACCCGCAACUUGGAAAACCUGGCUGACCCUUCCUACUGGGCUCGGCUUUGCCCGGAGCUGUCUGUCUCGGGCAAGCUGGGAACGAAAGCGGCGAAGAAGAAGUGGGGCAAGGAGGUCGUCAAGGAUGCCCGCGAGCAAGUGCUCACGGAGGGCGUUGUCCAGGUCCACCCGUCAGACUUGCAGUGGGGAGUGGACGUGCACGUGCUGGCUCGCUCCAUGGUGGCUCUCAUGCAGGCGGGCUGGCCAGCCAGCUUCCUCAUCAUGUAUGACGAGGUGUGGGCGCUGGUGCAGCAGGCAAGCUCGCUGAUGGCGGGGGCCACCGGCAAUGCCUGCAACAUGGAUGUGCUGUGCUGGUAUGUGGACCCCAACGCGGGCGCCGCGGGCUUCUCGCCGCACCGCGACCGCCAGCCCGACCACUCGCCCGCCACCUUCCGGCCAGACGGCACAGCCAUGUACAGCACAUGCUGGGUGCCCCUGACGGAUGCCUGCCCCGAGAACUCGUGUCUGUACGUGGUGCCGCGAUGGGCCGACCCGGGCUACUUCGCCGGGGACGACGACGACGGGCCGGACCCGCUGGCGGUGGCGCUGGCGGGCAAGGAGGACUUCCAGGCCAUCCGCGCGCUGCCAGCAGAGGCGGGCUCGGCGAUCAUCUUCACACACCGCAUCAUCCACUGGGGCAGCCGCGGCCGCAAGGGCUUCCAUACGCCGCGCCUGGCGGUGUCGUGGGGCUGCGCCGACGAUGCCUACGAGCCGCCCUACUUCCCCCGCACCCACCUGCCCUUCCCGCCCAUGGCCCUGCGCGCUGCUCUGGCCUGCGGCCAGAUGCUCAUCUACCACGAGCGCUUCGACAUGACUAAGCGCCAGCUGUCGCUGUACUACAAGUACUUCGUACGGCACGGAUCCGAGUUCGAUGCGGGGUACCGUGACAAGGCCAAAGCGGAGUUCGUGGCGGCGUCGCGCGAGCUGGUGGAUGGCGUGUCGGCGGGCGGCGGCGGCGGCAUGGGUGGCAUGGGGGGCAUGAAGAGUGGAGGCGCGAAGAUGGGUGCCGGCGGUGGAGCGGCGGGAAAGGCGGCUGCGGCCGGCGAGGUAGGGAAUGGGUUGGCCAAGGCAGUGGCGGCGGAGAAGGGCGGCAAGAAGACUUCGGCGGCUGCGGCAGGGGUGGCAGCUGUCGCCGUUAAGGAGGAGGAAGCGCAGGAGCCGGCGGCUGCGGGCCGGGCGGCCAAGAAGGCGAAGCGGGAGGAGGCGGUGCCUGCAGUCGCAGUGCCUGCGGCGACGGCGGCGGCGGCUAAGGGUAGCAAGGGCAAGCAGAAGGAGGCAGCGGCUGCCGCGGCCGCUGCAGCUGCGGCGGCCGCGCCUGUGGAUGCCGGCGCAAAGGUGGCGGGCAAGAAGAAGGAGAAGGCCGAGGCAGCGGCGAUGGCGGUGGCGGCGGCCGCCGCUGCGGACGCUGCCGCGGCGGUGACCGGCAAGAAGGCCGGCAAGGUGGAGAAGAAGGCCGACAAGGUAGCAGCGGCCGCAACAAUAGCCAUGGCGUCAGAGGAGGAGCCCGUGAAGGGCAAAGCCAAGGGCAAGGCCGCUGCCGCCGCCAAGGCGGCGGCAGCGCUGCCGCCGCUACCGCAGGCUGCGACCAAGAAGGGCGCCAAGAAGGAGGACACGGACAAGCAGCUACUGCUGCUGGAGCGGGCAGCAGGCAAGAAGGGCGCGGGCAAGGGCAAGCAGGGCAAGGCCCAGCCGGAGCCGCCCUCCGAGGACGAGGAGGAUGAGAGCUCGGACGAAGACGGAAUUGGGCUGCGGCUGGGAGACGACAGCGACAACAACAACGAUGACAGCGACGUGGGUGACAGCGAUGACGAGCUGAUGGAAGACGCGCUGGAGGCCAUGCUGGACGCAGAGCUGGCGGGAAAGGACCUGGGCCGCGAUGACUUUGACGCGCUUGAUGACGAGGACGACGAGGAGGGUGACGAUGAGGAGGGCGAUGACGACGACGAUGAGGAGGAGGACGACGAGGAGGAUGGGGAUGCGCUCGGCUGGAAGGAGUUCCUUUCUGGCGGCGGCAAGGCCGGGAGAGGGAGUGGCGGGCGCGGCAAUAACAGCGCUGGUGGAGGAGGCGACAGCAGCGGCGGCAGCGGCAGCGGCGACGCAGAGGGCGGUGGCGACAGCGAUGACGAGCUGAUGGAAGACGCCCUGGACGCCAUGCUGGAUGCGGAGCUGGCAGGGAAGGAGCUGGGCCGAGAUGACUUUGAUGACUUUGAGGACGGCGAGGAGGAGGACGACGAGGACGAGGACGAUGAGGGAGAGGAGGAGGAGAGCGAGGAGUAGUCGAGUACGUGUGCUGGGGCGUGCGGCAUGGAGAGCUGGGGGGCUGGGGGCUGCGCUGUAAGAGCGCCAGACCGAGGAGCGUGGAUGCAGCAAGUGCUAGCAAAUUGCAAUUGUUGGGGUAGUUGGGGGCGUGGCGAUGUGAGCUUCCUUGGCUGUGUGAGAUUGUGUGUGGAUGAACCUGUGCCUGCCCGGCUCGAUUAAUUAGCAUAGGUGGCGGGCGCUGCUGCUUGCGGCAUGGCAAACGAUGUGACGCAGGGCCAUUGAUGCACUACUGGUAGCUCGUAAUGAAGUACGCAAGCAAGUUACAAUCAACUCCCGAACCAUGAUGGAGAUUGGCCGCAGCGCGCAUGGCGGGGGUCGUGAGAUGCAGCGCUAGCUGGCGGGGAACGUGUGUGCGAGGCACGUCCAUCAGGCAGGAAUCGCGAGCCUAGGUGAGCCUGCAAGCUACUUUUACGUGGCAUACAACUUUUGGUGAUUCCCGCUGCCACUACAUGUACAUGCCGCCCAUCCAGUUAUCAUCCGUUUGCACGGUUGCUUUCCAAGAUAGCG